CCAAAGGCCACUCUGACAGCUGAUACCCCUCCUCUUCCCCCUCUACUCAGCGGCGACGCCUGCACCCUGCGUCUCUCGUGUUCAUCGACGGAAGCUUUCUUCUUGGUUACAUUUACUUUGUGGGGUCCUUCUUUUCAUCAACUGGGGUUUUUUUCUUCUUUUUCUUUUCUUCUGUUCUCAGGACCUUUUCUUCUCUUUCUUUUUUUAAGCAAGAAGCAAAAAUCUCAACAACGAGCUCCUAUAGCUGAGUGGGCAGCGGAAUUCGUCAUUAGAUUGGUACACUUUUUCACACUAUACACUCAGUGACGCCUUGACACUCUCCUGCUCGACAUCGGAAUAUCUCCCCGGUCAACCUACUCGAGCUCGAUCACGACUAGCGCGGAAACCUCAGAUCUGCCAACCCUCGGUUCCCGCAAACAUGGCUGACAGACUUCUCCAAGAUGUCUAUCGUAAGAUAGAGAGGGAGAAGGUCCUCAUAAACGGUGCUCGGGCUAUGCGUCAAUCUACCGACAACGCUGCUGUCCAGCAGAGGCUGGACAAUCAGAUACGGGAAUCGCAGCGAAACCUGAGUUAUCUGGAGGGGCGGUACAGUGAAUUACAGAAUAUGGUGAUAACUAAUGGAGUGGAUAAUAUACUCAUUGGUGACGGAGCGUAUGGAGGAAGAUAUCAAAAACCACAAAUGCUGCCUCCCAAUAAGCCGUUUGCCAAGGGCACUGGGGGAUCUGCGCCAAAGACGAAGCCCAAUUACUCUAAACUUGAUUUAAUCAAAUACGAUACCCCACAUCUUGGUCCGAGAAUUCAGUUGAUGUUGUCGCAGCUCGAAUUCAAGCUCAGUGUUGAAAAACAGUACAAGGAAGGUAUCGAGAAGAUGAUCAAACUGUAUCAGAUGGAGGGGGAUCGCAAGAGUAGACAAGACGCAGAGAGCAAACAUACAGACAGUGGGCAAAAAAUCCAGUUGUUGAAACAGGCUCUGAAGAGAUAUGAGGAUCUUCAUGUCGAUAUGGACUUUGGGGAUGAGGCAGACGAUGACAGCAUAAACUCUCCUAAUAUUCGACGCCCGUUGACCGGCCGCCUUACUAUUCGCGUUUUGGCGGUAAAAGAUGUAGACCAUGCCACCACAUCGCGCUUCGCUCGGGGCCCGGAAACAUAUGUUGUUAUCAAGGUGGAGGAUGUUGCCCGGGUUCGCACUAAGUCCACUAGGAACGACAAGUGGUUAGAUGAAGCUCACGAUAUCGACGUUGAUAAAGCCAACGAGAUUGAAAUGACUGUCUACGACAAACCUGGGGACAGCCAUAUGCCAAUAGGUUUAUUGUGGAUAAGAAUUUCUGAUAUUGCUGAAGAGCUAAGAAAGAAGAAGAUUGAGCAGGAGAUCUCGAGCUCUGGCUGGGUGAGUGCGGACAAAAUGGCACAUAGUGGGGGUGGCCGACCUGGCGAGGGUGCCUACAACUACAACCAGGGAUUCGGUGGCCCGGCUGCUGCUGGGGGAGGCAAUGCUGGGAUGUACGUCAAUAAUAGCGGACAAGCACAAGCACAGAGUGGAUCUGCGGGUAUCGAUGCGUGGUUUGCUCUGGAGCCAGUUGGGCAGAUUCACCUCAACCUCAAUUUUGUCAAAUAUAACAGGAAUAAGCGUCCGAUCGAUCUUGGACUAGGUCGUAAGGGAGCUGUUCGUGCUCGCAAAGAAGAGGUGCAUGAGAUGUAUGGCCAUAAAUUCGUGCAGCAACAGUUCUACAACAUCAUGCGUUGUGCCCUUUGUAGCGACUUCCUCAAGUAUUCCGCCGGGAUGCAGUGUUCAGACUGCAAGUAUACUUGCCAUAAGAAGUGUUACCCAAAGGUGGUCACGAAGUGUAUUUCAAAAUCAAACGCCGAAACAGAUCCCGAGGAGGAGAAGCUCAACCAUCGUAUCCCGCACAGGUUCGAACCAAUGACCAAUAUGGGGGCAAACUGGUGUUGCCACUGCGGUUACAUGCUGCCGGUUGGCAAGAAGAAUGCGAGGAAGUGUACAGAAUGCGGCCUUACUUGUCACUCGCAAUGUGCCCAUUUGGUUCCUGACUUCUGUGGAAUGUCUAUGGAGGUUGCCAAUCAGAUCCUGGGGGAGAUAAAGAAAACAAAAAGGCAGAGACCGAGUAUGGCAGAUCGGAACCUGAGAACUAAUAUCCCACCGGCUCCUUCAUCGCCUUUGUCGGGACGGCCUACUAGUGACCCUUACGUAUCUCAUCUGGACCCCCGGAACUCCCCUACGAAGAUUGGAUUGGAUCAUUUCAAUUUCCUUGCGGUUCUUGGAAAAGGCAAUUUUGGGAAAGUCAUGUUGGCGGAGACAAAGGCUUCUAAGAAGCUGUAUGCUAUUAAGGUUCUAAAGAAGGAGUUCAUCAUUGAGAAUGAUGAAGUUGAGAGUACGAGGUCGGAAAAGCGGGUGUUCUUGAUUGCCAACAAGGAGCGCCAUCCCUUCCUACUGAACCUCCACGCUUGUUUCCAAACGGAGACUCGUGUUUACUUUGUCAUGGAGUAUAUUAGCGGAGGGGAUUUGAUGUUGCACAUUCAGAGGGGCCCUUUCGGAUCUAGGAGAGCGCAGUUUUAUGCUGCCGAGGUUUGCUUGGCAUUGAAGUACUUCCACGAGAACGGAGUGAUCUAUCGUGAUUUAAAGCUCGAUAAUAUUCUACUCACACUUGAUGGGCAUAUUAAGAUCGCCGAUUAUGGUCUUUGCAAGGAGGAGAUGUGGUAUGGAUCUGCUACAAGCACCUUCUGUGGUACUCCUGAAUUUAUGGCGCCGGAGAUUCUUAUGGAUAAACGCUAUGGCCGUGCUGUUGACUGGUGGGCGUUUGGUGUGUUGAUUUACCAGAUGCUUCUCCAACAAUCCCCCUUCCGUGGGGAAGACGAAGAUGAAAUUUAUGAUGCUAUUCUUGCUGAUGAGGCCUUGUACCCUAUUCACAUGCCUCGCGAUUCGGUAUCUAUUUUACAAAAGCUUCUGACGAAGGAGCCUGAGUUGCGUCUUGGGUCUGGGCCUACGGAUGCGCAAGAGAUUAUGUCCCACCCAUUCUUUGCCAAUAUCAAUUGGGAGGACAUUUAUCACAAACGCAUCCCACCUCCUUUUAAGCCGUCAAUUCAAUCUGCCACAGAUACUUCCAAUUUUGACCAGGAGUUUACCAGCGUCACCCCUGUGCUCACUCCCGUGCAGUCAGUGCUCACCCAAGCCAUGCAAGAGGAAUUCCGCGGCUUCUCCUAUGUGCAAGAUUUCUCUUAAUAGUAGUUUUCCAAAAGACGUUCGUUCUCAUAAGAGGACUCAGACCCCUCCCCCCCAUUUCUAUACAAAGACAGAAACCCAUUAUGUUAUUUUUUGCUCAAAUGUCUUUCUUUUUUUUCCCCUUCCUCCUAUUUUUUGCUUCUUCCGCCAGGCGUUAUUUUUCGUGUAUCAGGAAAGUCCCUGAACUGUCCUCUCCUCCUGAGGAAUACGGUUGUUGUGACAACUUAAAAUCCUGUUGAGGGAGCUGGAAGACGUUUAUUAUGUAGCUGGUGGGGGUAAAGUUGAAAUUGAAAUAAGUUGCGACGAAGCGGGAGGGUGUAUUUCAUGGGUGAAUGGAAAAUGGCAUGAGUGAUG